AUGGAUGACGCUGUGGAAACAUUCAAGAUGGUCACUGGGGCUAUUGACCCAGUGGCAAGGCGGUAUCUGGAAAUGACAGAAAACGAUGCCCAACAGGCAAUCGCACUAUUCUUUGAUUCUCCGGAUUUGGCAUCUGGUGUCGAUCAAGCCGCAUCCUCCUCCGCGCCUCCAAUACCGUCAGCGUCUCGGCCCAGAGGAGUCAAUCAUAACGAAUCACAAAGUGCUUCAAGGACAAUAGAUCUUGAUGAUGAUGACGACGAGGAUGACUUACCCGAAUUCGACGAAAACGAACAUGCGGCAGCUCUUGGGCGAGCGGCAGAUCUCGAAGACGAUGAGGCUAUGGCCAGGAGAAUGCAAGAAGAGAUGUAUGCUGGUGGAGAUGCUGCUGGUGGUCUUGGCGGCGAUGAUGUGAGGGCACCUAUCGCGCGAACAACGGAAACACUCGUUGGGGGGUCAGAUGGGCCCUGGGGCCACGAGGAUAUGGAAGCAGCUAUUGCGCAACAAAUGAGGAUGCGGCAAAACAGAUCGGCUCCGAGAGCUGGUGUGUUUAAUCAGCGCGCCGUUUCCUCUAUAUGGGAUGAAUCUGCCGACCCAGCAACACGGCGCGAGGGUUUGUCCCAAGCUACGGGAGGGGCUUCAGAUUCCUCGUCGAAGACAGCACGUCUAGCUGAAUUAUACAGACCACCAUUCGAGAUUAUGAGACAAAUGUCCUGGGACGCGGCGCGAGAAUUAGGCAAGGAAGAAGAAAAAUGGAUUUUGGUCAAUAUCCAAGAUGCUUCUAUCUUCGACUGCCAACAACUAAAUCGAGAUAUAUGGAAAGAUCAAGGCAUCAAAGAGGUGGUUAAAGAGAACUUCUUGUUCAUGCAAUUCAACAAAGACGACACCCGGGGGGCAACAUAUAUACAAUACUAUUUCCAGGCCUCUGAUAGCCAAAGUGCUUAUCCACAUAUCGCCAUUGUCGAUCCACGAACAGGAGAGCAGGUCAAAGUCUGGUCCGGGCCACCCGUACCUAAAGCACCAGAUUUCCUUAUGCAGCUUAUUGAAUUUCUUGACCGAUAUAGCCUAGAUCUUUCGAAGAAGAACCCUGUGGCUAGGCGAAAGGAAGAGAAACCGAAAGCUGUAGACGUCGAUCGACUAACAGAGGACGAGAUGCUCGAUUUGGCCCUGCAAAACAGUUUGGGGAGUGGUGCAGCAUCUGGGCCAAAGGAAAACGACCCCGAUGAGCUUACGAAGAGUUUUGGCGACUUGAGCAAGGGCAAAGGAAGGGCAACCGAUGAGGAUACAGAAUUGGAGGCCACUGGCAACGACACGGAAACCAUCGUCCCCAAUACAUAUUCCAAGAUCUCGUCUAGCAACGCUCACACAGAGCCUGACCCUGGGCCUGAUGUUACCCGUAUUCAAUUUAGGCACUCCAACGGACGGGUUGUGCGGAAGUUUAAGAUUACUGAUCCGGUAGAACGACUCUUCGAAUGGCUUAAAGCAGAACCACUGGAUGGCAAGGUUGGAGUUCCCUUUGAUCUUCGAGCCAUGCCCGCUGGAAAAGACCUCGGGGAACAGCUCAACGAGACGAUCGAUUCUGCAGGCCUAAAGAUGGGUACGAUCAUGGUAGAAUACCUGGAGGAUUGA